AUGGCACAACACCAGCAACCCUCGCCCACUACGGGCAUGCCUCCGCAUCAUGUAGGGCAGCAUCAUCCCGCGCACGCGCAGGUGAAUGGACACCCGCCGCACGCGACCCAGCCCAAGACACCGUCGCAGUACUUGGGGCAAUUGACCGAGGCUGUAUGGACUCAGAUGGGCUCUCUCUCUGAGCAAAUGCAAGACUUGGAAGGCGCCAUGCAAUGCUACGAACAGGCCUUGAAGUUCAACCAGUGGUCUGUGCCAGCUAUGCAAGGUAUCGCGUGCAUUCUCCGCACCAAAGAUGCCUUUCCAGCAGCUGUCGAAUACUUGCGCACGAUUCUCAAAGUCGACCAAGCCAAUGGCGACGUUUGGGGCAGCCUCGGUCACUGCUACUUGAUGAUGGAUGACUUGCAGCAGGCGUACUCUGCCUACCAGCAGGCGCUGUACCAUCUGUCUGACCCAAAGGAGCCCAAGCUCUGGUAUGGCAUCGGAAUACUAUAUGAUCGCUACGGAUCGCUUGAGCACGCCGAAGAGGCCUUCUCGCAGGUAAUGCGCAUGGAGCCUACGUUCGAAAAGGCAAACGAGAUCUACUUCCGCCUUGGCAUAAUCUACAAGCAGCAGCAGAAGUUCAACCAAAGUCUAGACUGCUUCAAAUACAUCGUCACCAAUCCUCCUCGCCCACUUACUGAAGAGGAUAUCUGGUUCCAGAUUGGACAUGUGUACGAACAGCAGAAAGAGUUCGAAGCAGCCAAGGGCGCCUAUCGCCGGGUUCUCGAGCGUGAUGCCAACCACGCCAAGGUCUUACAGCAGCUGGGCUGGCUACACCACCAGCAGAGCACCAAUUACGCUAGCCAGGAGCAGGCCAUUGAGUACCUGGAGAAGUCUGUUGCUUCCGAUCAAACGGACGCGCAGAGUUGGUACUUGCUGGGACGCUGCUACAUGUCACAGCAGAAGUACCCCAAGGCGUACGAGGCUUAUCAGCAAGCUGUGUACCGUGACGGCAGGAACCCGACCUUCUGGUGCAGCAUUGGUGUACUGUACUACCAGAUCAACCAGUACCGCGACGCGCUAGAUGCAUACUCCCGUGCCAUCCGCCUCAACCCCAACAUCUCAGAAGUCUGGUACGACCUCGGCACACUGUACGAGUCCUGCAACAACCAGACAGCGGAUGCACUAGACGCAUACCAGCGCGCGGCCGACCUCGACCCAUCUAACGUACACAUCAAGGCUCGCCUGCAGCUUCUGCAGAAUGGACAGACGUCUGCUGGCGCCCCGAACCAGGGCAAUGCUCCUAUACCUCAAGACGUGCACCCUCAAGCCUACCAGCCUGCCUCUGUACAUGGACCUACCGCUCCGCAAUGGGGCGCACCUCAGCCCCAGCAGCCUCCGCAAGGUCCUGCUCCUCCAGCCCUAGCGCCCGGAUGGGAUCGCCCUCUGGCACAGAUCCGCGACCCUGGCCUUCCACCACAGCAGCUGAACCCAUAUGAGCAGCGCGAGGGCAUUCGACCGCCUACACAGCAUGCUCCCCAGAGGCCCGUAAGCCCCCGACAGGAAGCUCCCAGGUCAUACGCAGAGCCUCCUCGUCCUCCCACAAACGGACCGGGUCCUCAAGGGCCAGCUGGUCCCCCACCUCCCGGACCACCCGGGCCAAUGCGCCGUGGCAUGUCUCCAUCGCCGAAGACACACCAUGCUGCUCCCAGCCCCUACCACCCUCAGCCACCGCAGCUGACACCGCAGGCGGCUCAUGCGCAGCCACAACCACCUCUGCCCCUACAUCAGCAACAGCAGCCACCUCAGCCUAACCGUAUCUCCAACCCGAACUACGGCCCUCACGCUGGUAGUGUGCCUCCUCCACCCCCGCCCCCACCUACAGGUCUCGGUGGCCCACCAUCUCAGGCCUCUAGCCAGAGCGGCGUACCUCCAUACGGUGUUCGCCCUGCCAGCCCACCUCCGGAAGUGCGCCCGAUCGUUGAGAACCGAGCGGGAUCUCCACGCAACGGAUACCAGGGACCGUACCAGCACCAUGCUGAUCCUUCUGCAACCGGUGGUAUUGCUAGCGGAGCUCCUCCACCAGCUUCUGCCCAGACGGCUGCUGAGCAAGCAGCCCGCGAGCGUGACGACCGGCCGCCGACUGCUCCACCGAAACGACACCGCGAGUGGGAGGAGAAUGACCACGCGAAUGCAAAGCCUCCCAUGAACGACGAGAAGCGUCAGAAGAUGGAAGAGCCUCACAGCCGCCGUCCAACUCCCCCGCACCGCAUGUCUUCUCCUCAGGUGCCGCGCCAGAGCCCUCAGGAGGGUCCCGAUCCCCGGCGCUUCAACGAUGGCUACCACCCGUCCGAGGCUGCUCACCACCCGCCGUCGCUCCCACCCAUGGCAGCUGCGCGACCAUUAUCUCGCAUGUCAGAGACACCAAAGCAGGAGCGCAUCGAGCGACCUGAGCACCACGAGCCGGCUGCCCGCCAGAUGGAUGUGGAUGAGAACUACGACGAUGAGGGCGAUGACGCGAAACCUACCGCGCCCAAAUCUGAGCGCAGUAGCCCUCGCAAUGCGCCCACCAACGGCGUUCCUUCUCAUGCUCCCACGCCAGCCGAGCAAAAGUCUUAG